GUUUGGUCUUAUUUUGAUGGACAAUAUUGCGAGAAUGAAGACCCGUACAUUUGUUCUUAUAUUGACAUCGUGCCUGACAUCAUUAACGAUAGCUUCUCUCCUCCCCUUUGAAGAAAUCCAAUUGCAACAACAAGAUCUUUCAAGUUUGAGUCCAGAGGAAGCAUCUCUCGUUUCCUCCCCAGAACUAUCAUCUAUUACGAAUUCAAAAGUAGGAGAUUGUAAAGUGUUCCCCGGAGAUGCAGAUUGGCCAUCUGAGAAUUCGUGGGAUGUGUUAAACAGAACUGUGGGAGGAGCUUUGAUUAAAACUGUUCCGCUUGCUGCGAGUUGUUAUGAGGGGGCUUAUUAUGUUUGUUUCUCGCUUCGUUUCUGGGCUGGAGGAAUUCAUAUUGAUUCAAUAACUUAGGAUAAAACACAAUGCGAUUUCAUAACCCAAAACUGGCAAGAUUCAAGCAUCCAGUAAGUCCUCCUCUUCUCUCCCCCUCUAAACCCUCACUAACAAAUAUAUCAAAAGCGUAUCUCACCCCUCAUCUGUCCUAUCCCCUCUCUAUCAAGGAAACACCUGUCUCCCACCCAGCCUCUUGAACGCCACCUCCUGCACAUUGGGCGGCUACCCAACCUACGUCCUAAACAGCACAACAGUCUCACAAAUCCAAGCGGGCGUAAACUUCGCGCGAAAUACGGGAAUCCGACUGGUCAUCAAGAAUACAGGCCAUGACUUCUCUGGGAAAUCAGGUGGUGCUGGUGCUCUAAGUAUAUGGACGCACAACCUGAAUGCUAUUGAGUAUAUACCCGUGUAUGAGGAUGAUGCAUUAGGAUAUAACGGCCCCACUUUCAGGGGAGGCAGUGGUGUUCUAGCCCGAGAUUUAUAUGAAGCUGCCGAUGCUCAAGGUAUGAUAGUAGUAGGAGGCGAAGGACAAGACGUCGGGGUUCUAGGAGGUUAUGUCCUUGGAGGCGGGCACUCGCCUUUAUCCUCUAUCUACGGACUUGCAUCUGAUCAAGUCCUUUCCAUGUCCAUCGUGUUAGCGAACGGGUCAUUCGUAACCACAUCCAGUACCUCACACCCUGAACUGUUCUGGGCUCUGAGGGGAGGAGGAGGUUCAACCUUUGGCGUCGUGACAUCCGUCACUGUGAGGGCAUACCCGACACUCCCCACAACAACCGCACGCUUCUCAUUCACAGCUCAGACAAUAGAGAAGUUCAUGACAGGCGUGAAAGCGUAUUGGGACCUAUUCAUCAAGUUAGCAGACGCAGGGACAUACUCCUAUUUCUUCAUCAUCCCCGGUGCCAUCCCAACCUUCAUAAUGCUCGGAUUCGUAGCUCCAAACCAGACCACCACACAAGUCCAAUCCUUACUCCAACCCUGGUUCUCCAUCCUAACAUCCCAAAACAUAACCUUCCUCCAACCCCCAAACAUCACCACCUACACCAGCACCGCACAAGCCCUCCUCUCCACCUUCCCCACCGAGACCCUCCAACCAGACGGCCUAAUCGGCUCUCGCCUCUUCCCCCGCUCUGCGCUCACCCCCUCCUCACCACUCGCAAAUGCAACCUGGGAAGCGUGGUCCGACUCUAUUAACAAGGGAGUAGUAAUAGGCUUCAACUUCCGCGCGCCGAAUAUUCAUAAUUUGACAACAUCUGUGUUGCCCGCCUGGCGCGAUAGCGUCUUCCAUUGUAUUCAAGGCUCUGCACCCUGGGUUCCGGGAAGGGAGAAGGAGGUCAGAGAGGAAUUUGAUGGGAGGAUGGAGAGAUGGAAGGCGGUGCUUGGGGAUGAGGUUACUGGGAGUUAUAUGGGGGAGUCGAGUCCGGAGGAAGUGGGAUGGCAGGAGAGCUUUUGGGGGAGUAAUUAUGGACGGUUGGUGGAGGUUAAAAAAGAUGUUGAUCCGGGGGAUGUGUUUUGGGCGCUUGAGGCGGUGGGGAGUGAGGGGUGGAGUGUUAAGACGGGGGCGGUGAUUCCAGAUGGGGAUGGGAGGUUGUGUAGGAUUUGA